AUGAAAGAUUUAACAAUAAAAGUCAUUUAUCGUGAUGACGACUGGUUUAUCAUUGAUAAACCGUAUGAUUGCAGGAUUCAAAACUAUGCUAACUCAAGUGUUCCAUCAGUUGAAAGCUUAUUGAAGGAGCAAUUUCCUGACAUCAGCAAAUUUCGCAAUGUUCAUCAGCUUGACUAUGCUACUUCAGGUGUGUUUGUAUUGGCACUGAAUAAAAAAGCAGCAGCAGCAGCAAGUAAGCUGUUUAGAGAUCGUAUGGUUAAGAAAACAUAUUUAGCCCUUGUCAAUGGCCAUGUCAAGGAGAACGAAUAUUUUGUAGACCAACCUAUCGAUGAUGACCCCAAUCACGAAUUUAGGAUGGCUAUUACACCAACAGGAAAGCCUGCUCAAACAAAGAUACGAGUUAUACAGCGAGGUUACUACACGUACAAGGAAGAGAAAACCGGCAUGGAAAAGACGCUACCUAUCACCAAAGUGAGUUUAUCACCAAUUUCUGGAAGAAGACACCAAUUGAGGCUACAUUUAAAAUACAUUGGACACCCUAUAGUAGGCGAUUUCAACUAUGAAGAUAGAUACACUGACACAUUUCGAAUGAUGCUGCAUGCUCAUCAGAUCAUCCUUCCGCUACCAGGCAGAGAAGAAUUGAAGGUGGCAUCGAAUGAUCCCUUCACUGAGCUAGUACAGUAA